CUUCUCACUUCUCCUUUGUCCACACUAUGAUUUGUUCCGCCUCUUGUCGAGGUUCCUUCACCGUCCCCCAUCAGACCCCAAUCCUUUGUUGAAGUCGGUCCGUAGCUUUUCUGCCCAAGGCUAAGUCACAGCAUGGACGCAACGUCGUGCGCGCUCUACGCGCACACCGCCAUCGAAUGUGUGGCUGGGAGUUUGUUGCUGUAUAGAGGCAUGAGCAGCUCUGACAAGGUACAGGACUGCACUGGAAGAAUGUAUCGCCGCUGGCACGGAGCUGGUUUGUUGUCGCUAUCCUUUCUCGGGUACGAGGCGAUACGAUCACACAACGAUGGCAAGGAUAUCAGUACCGCGCUCCGGGUUUGUACCAUGUUCCACGGGCUUGCCGCAGCCAUCAUGUUCUUCGCCAGAGCCGACGUCAAGGACAACGAAAAGGCUGCAGUCACCCUCAAGGUAGCGAUGCUGAACCCGCACAAUUUCCUCGCCCUCGCGUUCGCUUAUGUGGCCGCCAAAUGAGGGGCGGUAGGGGUGCUGACUGCUGUGGCCGCUGCCACAGGGAGCAGCCACGUCAAAAGCGAAGUCAAAAGGUCAAAUGCUGAGAAGUCACAACCACCCGCAAGUCGCAAAAGAAACCCAACACCAAAAGCAGCAAACAUCCGCUGAAAAUGUCGGAGG